GACUUUAGGAGCCAAACCCUCAGAAAGCCCUACAGUCAAAAGUCAAAACGCCACCACCCAAAGGCAAAGACCUCCUAGACAAGUAGCGUAGGCACCGCACUCACUCACUCACUCACUCUCCAGUCCACUACUAGAGAACUACACACAGAAAAACUCCUAAAAUGACCAAAAUACAAGCUUACGAGGACUUCGUGAAGGUCCACGGCAUUCUUUUAGCAGCCUCAGGACUACCUCGUACACUGCACCGCAAACUAUUCGACAAACUUACUUCGGAGACUUUCGAUGGGGGCGCCUACUUCCAAGUCGACCCAUGCCAGGAUGGCCGUCAGAGGCGCCUCCUCCUUACCUCUGCCGCCUCCAUGCCCAAAGAUUCCAACGUUUUUCUCAUUGACCACGCCUGGACUUUUCGCCUCUCCGAUGCUUAUAAACAGCUUCAAGAAGUGCCAGGGUUAGCCCAGAGAAUGGCUGCUUUGAUGUGUGUGGAUAUUGAUUCAAAUUCCGAUGCUGAAGAGAUAGAUGGGGAUGGAGUUUCACGAGACAACUAUUCAAAAUUGAAUGUCACUGGCAUUGUUGAGAAUGAAAUUGGUUAUGCGAAAGAGAGAGGCUAUGACACUGUUAAGUGGUUGGAGCUUGAGGAACUUGACAUUGACGAUGACAUGCUUCUCUCUCUUGAUUUGUCUAGUAAAUUUCCGGAUUUACUAGCACUUAGCCUAUAUGGAAACAAGCUCGAGAAUGUUGAAAUAGUUGUGCAGGAAGUUACCAAAUUGAAAAACCUAAAAGCUCUCUGGCUGAAUAACAAUCCAGUUCUAGAAAACUGUGAUGGUUGUAUGGCAGAUACGAUUUUCAAGGGAUGUCCAGGGCUUGAAAUCUACAACUCAUGUUUCACUAGUAAUUUUGGUGAGUGGGCCUUGGGAUUUUGCGGAGGAGUUUAUGAGAAGGAUAAUCCUUGCCCUAUCCAUCAGGACAACCAUCCAUUGCAGAGUGUGACAUCUCUUGACCUUUCAAACAGAAGUAUUCAUUCUCUCAUUAACAAGGCAUUUUCUCCUGUUGAGAUGCCUUCUCUUUUACAUCUGAAUAUUCGAGGAAAUCCUCUGAAGCAGAAUUCAGUUAGUGAACUGUUCAAAGUAUUGAAGGGGUUUACUAGUUUGCAAACUUUAGAGGUGGAUUUACCUGGACCCCUAGGAGAGAGUGCUAUAGAAAUUCUUGAAUCUGUUCCAAAUCUUUCUCAGUUGAAUGGCGUCGAUGUAUCAAAAAUAUUAGAAACUGGAAACCAUGUAAUCGAUGCUGUACUUCAGCCACGCCUUCCUGAAUGGACAGCUGAAGAACCUCUUGCUGAUCGUGUUAUUAAUGCAAUGUGGUUAUAUUUGAUGACAUAUAGACUUGCAGACGAGGAAAAGAUUGAUGAAACCUCUGUGUGGUAUGUAAUGGAUGAACUAGGUUCAGCUUUAAGGCACAGUGAUGAACCAAAUUUCAGGGUGGCUCCUUUUCUCUUCAUGCCAGAGGGAAAUCUGGAAUCUGCUGUGAGCUAUUCCAUAUUAUGGCCAAUCCAGAAUGUUCAAAAUGGAGAUGAAUGCACUCGUGAUUUCCUAUUUGGUAUUGGGGAGGACAAGCAACGUUCUGCCAGGCUUACAGCAUAUUUCCAUACACCACAAUAUUAUUUUAUUCAGGAGUAUGAGAAAUUCCAUCAGAAGUUGCAAUCAAAAAGUUCAACUCCCUUGCCAGUGAAGUCAUCUUCCAGCAGAACCUUACGUCGUACUGAUGGAUGUGCUUUGCGUGUGUACACUGACUUACCUCAAGUGGAAGGAUUUUUGACACGUCCUGAAUUUAUAAUCACCACUGAGUUGAAGGAUGCAGACAUUAUAUGGACAAGUAUGCAGGUGGAUGAUGAUGUCAAAAGAGCUGCUGGAAUUACAGAUCAGCAAUAUAUAAACCAAUUUCCUUUCGAAGCUUGUCUUGUCAUGAAACAUCAUUUGGCAGAGACUAUUCAAAAGGCACAUGGAUCUCCUGAUUGGUUGCAUCCUACUUACAAUUUAGAAUCACAUCUCUCUCAACUUAUUGGAGACUAUUAUGCACGCAAAAGAGAUGGAAUGAACAACCUAUGGAUCUUAAAACCAUGGAACAUGGCCCGGACUAUUGAUACAACUGUAACAGAUAAUUUGUCUGCUAUUAUCCGCCUGAUGGAAACUGGUCCAAAAAUAUGCCAGAAAUAUAUAGAGCAUCCUGCUUUGUUCCAAGGCAAGAAAUUUGAUCUCCGUUAUGUAGUACUGGUUCGCAGUGUGAAGCCUCUGGAACUGUUCCUUGCAGAUGUUUUCUGGGUUAGGUUGGCAAACAACCAAUACACUCUUGACAAGCACAGCCUUUUUGAGUACGAGACCCACUUUACUGUUAUGAACUAUCGUGGAAUAUUGAAUCACAAGAACACUCCAGAGUUUGUGAAGGAAUUUGAACAGGAGCACCAAGUUAAAUGGUUGGAUAUCCAUGAGAGAGUGAGAAAUAUGAUUCGAUCUGUUUUCGAGGCAGCUGCAACAGUACAUCCAGAGAUGCAUAGUCCAAUGUCCAGGGCAAUGUAUGGCGUGGAUGUCAUGCUUGAUAGCUCUUUCCAGCCAAAGUUAUUGGAGGUCACUUACUGUCCAGACUGUACAAGAGCAUGCAAGUAUGAUACACAAGCUAUAGGUGGAGGGGGAGAAUUAUUGAAAGGUAGUGAUUUCUACAAUUAUGUGUUUGGUUGUCUCUUUCUUGAUGAAACUAGACAUGUGUGCCCAUUGUAAUUUAGCUUUAAGGAUUUUCUUAUGUAUACAAUUGUAUUCAUGAAGACUUAGUUUUGUUUUGUUUUUCUUUUUUGUUCACUAUAGUUGUCAUAGAUGAGUGUAUCCUUGUAUGUUUAAGAAUACUAUUUUCAGCUUGGAUUUAGUCACUUCUUUUUUUGUUC